UUUUUUACAAGUAUGGUAAGGUUUUGAGAAGCAAAAGUCCUUAUGCUUGGAGUUUGGAUUAGAUUAAAUGAAUACUAUAAUAAAGGUUAACUUUCUAUAAUUUGUGACAUACUAGAAAACGACGUUGCGGUUACGGCCCGGUAAUAGAAGGUUAUUUAAGGAAUUCCCCGAGCGCAUCUUCGUGAAAAAAAAAUGUCAAAAAAACCUUUAAUUAACCAAGACACGCUUUACGGCAUCAAUUUAAACCACAGUUUGGCAAAAGGAAAAUGCAUCUAGUCAGUUUAAAAGUGUCAAAUUCCCUAAUAUGAUCUAUUCUCCUGUCUUUCUACUCCAAGUUCCUCGGGGAUAGUUGCUAAACAUCAUGACUGAUCGUAUAAUAUUACAAAAUCUACCAUCUCAGAUAACUGCAAGUUCAUCAAAUCAACUUGCCUCGGGUUUUAAAAGAAAAGAACAUGAUCACAUAAAUAGUAAAUUGAAAAACCUCAACUCAGGCGAUACAGCAGUUUCAAUAGAAGAAUCAGCAGAAGAGGAAGAUGCCAGUGAAUUCCCAGACGGUGGUGUAGCUUGGCUAGUCGUCCUAGGUUCAUUUUUGGGAUUGAUUCCAGUGUUUGGUUUAUUGAAUUCUAUUGGUUCUAUUCAAACCUAUAUUUCAUCAAAUCAGUUGAGUGGGAUCUCUGGUUCAGUCACUGGUUGGAUUUUCUCGAUAUAUUUAGCUAUUGCAGGUUAUGGAUGCGUUUUCAGUGGUACAUUAUUUGAUAGAUUAGGUAGAACUUUCCCAAUGCUGAUUGGGACUAUAUUGUAUUCUGUCGGAUUAUUUGCAACUGCUGAAUGCACUACUGUUUAUCAAUUUAUCUUAGCAUUUGGUGUGUGUGUUGGAUUGGGUACUGCACUGAACAUGACACCUUUGAUUGGGUGUGUUUCACAUUUUUUCUUCAAGAAGAGAGCAUUAGCAACUGGUAUUGCAACUAUUGGUGGAAGUGUUGGUGGUAUAUUUAUGCCAAUUAUGUUGCGUAGACUAUAUGUCAAUGUUGGUUAUAAAUGGGCCAUUAGAAUUCUUGCAUUCAUUUGCACAUCCUGUCUUGUUAGUUCUUAUUUAUUGACUAGAGAAAGAUUACCAAAAGAUGAAGAAUACAAGAAAUUACCAUUCUCAAAGCAGCUAACUACUUAUUUCACAAGUUCACUUGACUUCAGAGCUUUGAGAGAUAAAAGAUUUUUGUUUUGUGUGCUAGCUAUUCUAUUUUCAGAAAUGUCAUUAACUACAGCUUUGACUUAUCUACCAGAAUAUGCUUUACAUCAAGGAAUCAAUGAAGAUAACGCGUACUUGUUGGUUACUCUAAUGAAUGUUGUUGGUAUUUUUGGUCGUUUCAUACCUAACAUCUUUGCUGAUAAAUAUGGAAGGUUCAAUGUUAUGAUCACAACAAGUGUUGUUGCAACCAUUUUAUGUCUAGUGUUAUGGUUGCCUUUUGGGAAGAAUCAUGCUGUGUUUUAUGCAUUUUGUAUGGGAUUUAGUUUUUUUACAAGUUCAAUUUUUUCAUUAACACCAGUCUGCUUGAGUCAAAUUUGCAAAACCAAUCAAUUUGGGGCAAGAUUCAGUACUAUGUACUUCUGUGUUUCCUUUGGUAACUUGGUUAGUGUUCCAAUUGCAGGAGCCAUUAUCUCAAAGGGUAAAACCAACCAAUAUAACCAUUUUGUGAUCUAUUGUUCCAUGGUGUCUGUUGUUGGUGCUAUUUGCUGGCUGGCUUCAAGGUACUACAUUGUGAAAACAAAGAUCUGGUGUAAAGUCUGAAAGCUCAGGCUAGUAUAGAUAAAAACGUGAUUAUAGCAUUAUAAUUCUGUGUAGUUUACUUUUUGCCAUGGUGAUGAGAUGCCAGUCGCGACAUUUUUUCAAUUUCUAGCGUGUGAAGCUCAAAAUGUCAACAAACAAAAUCUCACCGCGUGUAAAGCCAAAAUCAAAACAAAUCUCUUCUGAAAAGAACCAACAACCAAACUAUUACCACAGCGGCUAGCUCUCAAGCUAAAAAAAGAGUACCAGAUACAAGGCAUAACCGCGGCUAUGAAUAGGAGCUCCAGCAAUCAAAAGAAGCAGAGAAGGAAUCCCUUCAGCGCCCCAAUAAAGCUUCAAGCAUCCCAGUCCCAACUACCGUUCUUUACCAAACCC